ACUGCCGGAGCCUGUUCUGAGCAUGUGCAAGGAGCGCACAGGCUCAGAAGCCUUCUAAGCGGAAGAGGCAGAACUGAAGGAUCGGGAGAGGUGGAUGUUUUUCAAAGUGCGAAGGUCAAGAAGAGCUAAGAGGGCACUAUGCUUCCAGCUCUUCGCCACCUCUGCCAGGGUGUGUCCUCUAUCUCUCUACCCAACAUGGGCCCAGUUCGUAGGUACCUAUCCUGGGAAAAUGAGCAGCGGUGCCGAGGGCUGCUAGAAGCAUCUGCCAACCAGUACAGGAAAGAACAAGAAGCUGCCUCCGCAGCUGUUCUGGUGUCUUUGUGCUCUGUGGCUGGGGAGCCAGCCAUCUUGUACACGCUGCGGUCCAGCACCCUGAGUGGUUUGCACAAAGGAGAUGUCAGUUUCCCAGGCGGCAAGCGUGAGGCCUCCGACCGGGAUAUCAUCGCCACGGCACUCAGGGAGACUCAAGAAGAGCUGGGCGUGCAGUUAGGGGAGGACUGCGUCUGGGGGAUCAUGAGACCUCUGCCUGACAGGACCAAAAUUAUAGUUGUUCCAGUGCUAGCAAACUUGGGUCCUUUGGAGCACCUGGUUCUGAAGCCUAACGCCCAGGAGGUUGAGGCUGCCUUCACCCUCUCCAUUUCCCACCUCCUGCAAGAAGAGAACCAGGGCUACACCCACUACUGCUACAAUGGCGUCUACAGCUACACGUUGCCCGUCUUCCCACGUGGUCCUCACCGUGUGUGGGGUCUCACAGCUAUAAUAACUGAAUUAGCAUUGGAGUUGUUGGCACCCGGAAAAUACCACAAAAAGACUAAUGUGAUGGGUCGUUACUGAUGUUUGGAGCGGAGGUCCAGACCUUUGCUUUCGUGCACUGUUCCCCUGGUCAGUGUUUGCCAAAGGACUUCAAGAACAAGUGGUGCUAAUUGAUUUUUAGACCCUAGAGUCUUUACAAGCUCAGGCGACACCUUUGUUGUUCAAUAUACAGCAUGUGCACACAACAGUUGGUUUGUACUCUCUCCCUCCAUAGUGCAAGUGUACUGUAUUAUUAGGAAUGGGAAAAGACUAUGUAGGACAGACCUAUUCAGUUCUCUUUUCAACAGCUGUAGGGCUUAGUUUUGAAUAAAACACUAAUAAACACAUCCAUUAGGAACCUCAUGCAGCUUUAGAUUGUGCAAAUGUGUUGCAAAGCAGUCAUAGUUGUUUUGGGCUUAAAGACUGUCCCAGGCCUGCAUCCCUCUCUUUUCUUAAUAUUGGGUUGUUAACUCUGCUUCAUUCAGAACCACUUUAUUGCCAGGCCAAGGUAAGUAUGCAUCUGCCCAGAAAAAGAACAUAUCUAUCAGGUGAUCAUGCAAUAAAUGCUCAAAUUAAUUUGAUCUCUAUUUUGUUGCUUAUGGCACCCCAUCUAUAGCGGGAUGCAGCUUUUUAAUAUUUCUGGGACUCUUCACUCUCAAUGUUCUUCCUUGGACAAUGGAGAGUCUGUUUCUGUUUCAACCAUACCUAUCUCUAUAAUAUGUCAAUGGCUUGCACGUCCUGUGGAGGUUCAAUUCCUUAACCUCACCCCACCCCUGUUGGUUCAACAAAGGUUUCUAGACCUAGAUCUACUUCAGGAUUGCACUGUUGUGUGGCUCUUUCCUGGAUAUGGGAUCACCAUGCUGGAUUAUAGACCAAUGUUCAUGCCUCUGCCCUGGACUUGGGGUCAGUAUUUAAAUGUUCCCACAAAAUAUUUUCAUUGGUUUCUCCAGGUGAAGUGAAUCAUGGCUCACAAGCAGACUGAGCAAGGCCAGUGAGUGCUUUGUGUCUUCUGGCCAUGAAAUAUGUUCAUCCUGCCUUUCUAAAUCCUCGAGAGCCGUGGAAUGAGCUCACAUUGAAACCCAGAAAAGAACACUGUUCUCAGUGUGGGUCUAACCACAGUUUCUGGAACCAGGAAUCCCAAAAUAUGCUUUGUGAAUAAAUGGUUAUGUCUUCAUUUU